AUGGGGCUGAAUUUCCCGCUUGGGGUGGGGUGUUUGGGGGUUUUGGGAGUGAUGCCUGGUGUGAAGGAUAAAGAGAAGGGGGGUGGUGGUGGUGGGGAUAGUGAAGUUGGUGAGGCUGGUGAGGAUUCUGAAGAGGGGCCGUUGUUGAACGGCGAUGGGGGUGAUGAUACCAACAAGAACGGCACCAAUGGCUCGAUGUUGUCGUUGCUAUCCUCCGUCAAGCGAGGCAGCACUCUUCUAUCGGAGUUGCUCACCCACGACCGUAGAGUCCUCGUUCUCCUGGCUACCGUUCCCAUAGCCAAGUGCAUUAAUCCGGUCGAGGAAUUGAUGGUCCAGUAUAUCCCCAGACGCUUUGAUAUCUCUCUCGCAUCCAGGAUGAGUGUAGAGGUAUAG